AUGGGUUCAGCUACUGUUCUUCCAGGCGAGGAUGUAUCAGAUAUUGUGAAACAUCUUCUAAAAGGCAAUCCAAGACUGGGGAUUGGUCUAAGAAAAGAAAAUAAUUCCGUAAUCUCAACCAUUGCAGGGAACCUGCAAUAUCGAUCGGACAUCGUCUUUGUAAAUCAAAACACUCGACGUUAUCGACCAAGUGUUGAGGAUCGAGUCAUUGCAGUUGUUGAAGAGAGGGUCGCUGGUGACGGUGCAGGUGGAGAUGUUUACCGAGUCAAUAUCGGUGGCCCUCAUCCAGCCCUACUCAGCAAUCUAAGCUUCGAAGGGGCCACCAAAAGAAACAAACCCAUGUUGGCAUCUGUUUUGAUGUAG